AUGGCUGCCAACGUGGUAGAGGAUGUACGUGAAAAUUUAGAAUUACAACUUUCAGAGGUUGAGAUGCUUCGAUCUAUGUAUCCUGAAGAGAACGAACUUAAAAUAGACGACCAAGUGCUCAUAGAUAUUCAAGAAUUUUGUUCUAGGAGAACAAAUAAGACACCAAAUGGUCUGAACUUUUUGUUGACCGUAACUGUAGACUGUGAUUCAGAAAGGUAUUUGAUCGAAUUAUCUUGCUAUUUUCCUCAAGAAUACCCUGAUGAAAAACCGGAGAUUUUUGCCAGAUCUCAGACCCUGAACCGAGAAAUACAGAAAGAGUUGAACGAUGACUUGAAUGUGCACAUAUCAACGCUUGAUCGCGGAGAACUUUGCACGUUGCCAACCAUACAAUGGGUCAAAGACAAUGGAGAAUUAUACAUUGCAAAAAAUAAAGAUUUACGAUCAUUUCCUCUCACAGAAAAAAAUGAAGACACGAGCAGGUGUAAGAGUAAAAAGGACACAUCAUUCUUGAGAAUGUGGUUGUACAUGCAUCACAUUUACAGUAAAACAAAGCGAAAGGAUAUCCUCCAAUGGGCUUCAGACUACAAUCUCACUGGUUUUUGCCUGCCAGGGAAACCAGGAGUUGUUUGUUUGGAAGGAGACGAGUACAAUGUUGAAGAAUACUUUAGUCGCUUGCGUCGCCUUAACUGGAAAAAAAUAACCUGUAGACAUAGGGAAAAGGGAACAGCUGACAAGAGUGUUAAUGAACAAAGGAAAUUUACUGGAUUUGAUGAACUUUUUUUUGAAAUUCAUGGUACUAGAGAAAAUCAUAUGGACAUGGGACAGUUCCGACAUUACUUAGAUCAGCAUGAUCUAGGUUAUAUAUUUCAGAUUCUGUUUGGUAUUGAAGGUAAAAGUACCUCUGAUGGUUUAUAAUGAUCAGUGUUGUGGAGAAUUGAGCAAAAUUUUACACCUCAGACAAUCUAUGGAAGUAUUGAAAAAUCAUUGAUAGCUAUGAAUAACCCAUUGGUUAAUAGAUAUUUUCCUGUGUCUUGGUGUGAUAGUAAGUACAUUCAGCCAUGCA